AAGUUUUGCAGCUGAAGGAGCAUUUUCUCUUAAUCCAAGAUGACGGAAAUCAGUGAGAAGGAGAAUGAACCACAAAACAGGGACCUUCACCGACCCCAGGCGACCGUGCCCAGCCAACCUGAAUCAAAGUUGCAGCGGCUGAAGCGUUCCCUGUCCUUCAAGUCAGUCAUGCGCAGCAAGAGUGUGGACAACUUUUUCCAGCGCAGCAAUGGCGAAACCCGCCCACCCUCAGGCCUCAUCACUACACCGCCACCUCCACCAUCUCCUCCCCCCUUCUCUGAGUCCCCCCUGGCCUAUGAGCGCUCUCCCUCCCUGUCCCCGACAGUCAGUCCCAACCCUUCAUUGUCCUCACAUUCACCAUCUAUCAGUCCCUCACUGUCCGUCACCUCCAAAACCCAGCCAAAGACUCAGGCCCUGCCGGUGCAGCCGGUCAAGACCCACUGUUUCCAGGAGCAUGUCUUCCGUAGGCCUGCCAGCUGCCAGCGAUGCAAACACAUGAUCCAAGGGAACUCAAAGCAGGGGCUGCGCUGUAAAGCCUGCAAGAUGGCGGCCCAUCUCUGGUGCUCAUCAGAGCUCUCCCAGCAGCCCUGUAUUGGCAAGUCAGGAGCUUUCAAGAGAAACUUCAGCUCUCCUCUGCUAACCAUUGAUCCGUUGGGUGUGGUCAGAGAGGCUCCUGCUGCUCAGGAAGCAGAUAAUGGCAUUGUCGACCCUGUGUAUGAAGCACUGCGCUAUGGGACGUCGCUGGCUCAGAUGAGUCGCUCCAGCUUCGGCAGUAUCUCAGAGUCGCCCUGUCAUGAGCUAGAAAAACCUCAAGACAAACUAGAAAAUCAGCCUAUAGCUGAAGAGGAGCACAUCCCAGGAAUGCUCACUCCUCCUGAAAGCGAGAAGGCUGAUUCAGAAGACAGGGUCAGCCUGAAGACUCCCAAACGAGUAGAGGUCCACUCCAUCCACACCUAUGUGGCUCUUUACAAGUUCCUGCCUCAGGAGAAGAAUGACUUGGAGCUACAGCCUGGUGACAGAGUUCAAGUCACAGAUGACUCCAACGAGGACUGGUGGAAGGGAAAAAGCAAAGACAAGGUAGGAUUUUUCCCAGCCAACUUUGUGCAGCGGGUCCGCCCUGGCGAGCGGGUGUGGAAGGUCACCACUGGUUUCCACGGUAACCGAGACAAAGGCCAGAUGACUGUAAAAGAGGCACAGAUCUGUGUGGGGAAGAACGAGGAGAUUGACGGUUUCCUCCGGCUGACUAGCGGGAAGAAGAGAGGCUUGGUCCCUGUGAAGUGUCUGCUAGAAAUAUGAUGGCGGCUCACUUCCCCUUGACCCUCAGUUUGAUAGAGAAGUUCACUAUGACGGAGGAAUACUCAGGAGUGUUUACCCAACACCUCACUGACCGCCAACCACCCACCCCAACCCCUCCAAAAUCUGGCAGUGAAGUAGCAGCUUGAGUGGACGAUGAUCCACAACUUUGCUUUUUACUGGAGAGGAUUUUAAAGGUUAAGACUUAAAGGAGGGGGCGGCUUCUUUAGAGUUCUUUAGAGCUACUUUUCUUGUAGCACAACUUUACUUUGUGUGGUUUUAUACACAUUCACAACAGAAAUGUAGCAUCAUAUAGCAGAGGAUGAGCGCGCAGGAAGUCUGGCUACCUCACUAGCCAUCUCCAUUAGCCUUCCAUCUGCAAAAAAGGGGAGAGGACUACUUUAUUAUGAUGUCAAUGCGUGUCCAAGCCUAAAGGACUUUGUGAGCAAACUGUCUUCAUUUCAUUGUUUGCGUAGAGACAUAAGAGAUUGUGAAAGAUUGUAGCUGUUUAUCGUAGUUGCUUGUGCCAACAUGUUUUGGUCGAUUGUUUCAAACCCUUACACAGAUUUUCUUUAGUAGAUUCAGCUGAGGAUAUAAACUAUGACUAUCCAGUUUUGGAUGUGCAGGCUGCAGCUCACGAUGUGCACACAUCUGCUGUUGUGAUAUGGAUUCAUGAUGUGCAUAUGGUUCACUCAUGCUCUGACUAGAAAAUGAUUCAGGUAUUACAUUAUGUAAAAACCCAAAAGUCUUCUCUGCUACAUUUUGGUCAAAUGAAAGUCAUAACACACACACACACACACACACACACACACACACACACACACACACACUGGGGUUUCUGUUUAUCAGACUGCUCUCCAGUGAUUAGAUUACAGUACAUUUUUGCUCUUCACAGCUCUGAUGUGACAAAUGCUUUCCGUGCACCUCGGGGAGCCUCUUUCACAGUAUGCCCUUCAAUCACACCCUUUCUACACACACUAACACACACAGAUUUUAUAGUUCACUCCGCCCCAUGUAACUCUAAAAUCAAUCACUAGAAUCUGCUUCCUGUCAUUGUACUCUCAGCGUUGUUUAUCCGUAUGUAAUGUCCAGUAAUACUCGCUGUCAUAUCUGGUUGUGUGCUACAACGUGAGGACGGUGUGCUGUCUCGACUGUCUGAUCUACAUGCUUUUUCUUCCAGGGAAGAGCAGAGCAAAGAAAUACUGCAAUUCAGGAUGAUGAAUUCAAAACCAAACUCAGUGUUUUUCUGUCAAAAAAGUGAGAAAGGCUGUCAAACAAAGCUGUCAAAGACGUGUUGAAUUUUUGAUGAAUGGCUACUUUUUCUCCCAGCACAUGUGGUUACUUUUAAGUAACACUUAGGGACUGUUAAUUGUUGCUGUAAUUAAAGGUGAUAAAAGGCAAAAUCACCUCACACCAUCUGAUAUAUUGCUGUCAGUAUAAACCAUAAAGCAGUGACAAACUGCCUUUGUUACAGCAAUAACUGUAAAUAAAAAUAUGACAGUAUUUGUAAAUAGCCUUAUGAAGAUACUAUAUAUAUUGGCUCUGAAUAGCACUCUGAGCAAGAGGUUUGCAGCUAUCCAGGAGCCAACUAAGGGCAUUAACUUCACAGUUAUAAAUUACAGGAGAUUAUUGUUUAUGGUCCCACUUACCAAUGUAUGCACCUCUAUGCUCAAUUAACAUCAAGCCCUGUCAGCACAAAUCUUUUCAAAUACUAUGCACAACAGUUCUAGUCACUCACUUUAUUUUGUACUCUGCUUAUUUCCAGCGGCGCCUCACACGGAUUAGUGUAAACUUUUGCAGUGUGGCUAAAGAUUUGAAUUUGAACUCCAACUUCCAGGAGUCUUGCAGCUUUUACAACGUGUCCAUCUUGGAUCAGUCUGCACCAUGCUAAUCCUAAACAUUACCAUCACUGACUAGAACCAAGAUUGGCUCAGGAUCAGUAUUACCCAGGUGAAUUCCCUUUCUCACUUUAAUGCACACGACCAGGCUAGUUCUCUGCAUGGCCAACUGCCCUGUGAGCCUCACAUCUCUCAAUAAAGUCAGAUGAACUCUCAA